UCCUUGCUGCCGCCUGUCCUGUCCCCACUCCGCUCAGGUUCCCGUUGGGGGCCGUGAGCAGCGGCCGGCAGAGCUCCGUGCUCUGCCCAGUACACAAGACCAGCGGCCAGAGGCUCGCUGCUGUCUGUCCGUGUGUUCUUCAGGACGGCAGGAGGCAAGGGGUGACAGGGAAGGCCGGAAACAGGGCUGACCCAGGAAAGGGGUUCACUAGGCUGGGAGCCCUUUUCUGGAGGCGGAGCGGGAUAGCUGAGAUUCGAGACCAUGAAGGUCAAAGUCAUCCCGGUGCUUGAAGACAACUACAUGUACCUGGUCAUCGAGGAGCACACGCGGGAGGCUGUGGCUGUAGAUGUGGCCGUGCCCAAGAGGUUGCUGGAGAUUGCAGGCCGUGAGGGGGUGUCUCUGACCACAGUGCUGACCACGCAUCACCACUGGGACCACGCAAGAGGAAAUGCAGAGCUGGUGCAGCUGCAGCCAGGACUGGCGGUCAUGGGAGCAGAUGAACGUAUCUGUGGACUCACCCGCAGGCUGGCACAUGGGGAGGAGCUGCAAUUUGGGGCCAUCCAUGUGCAAUGCCUCUUGACACCGGGCCACACUUCUGGCCACAUGAGCUACUUCCUAUGGGAGGAUGAAUGUGCAGACCCACCAGCCCUCUUCUCUGGGGAUGCCCUGUCAGUGGCAGGCUGCGGCUGGCACUUGGAGGGCACUGCCCAGCAGAUGUACCAGAGCCUGAUGAAAACUCUGGGCACCCUGCCACCUCAGACGAAAGUGUUCUGUGGCCAUGAGCACACACUGAAUAACCUCGAGUUUGCACAGAAAGUGGAGCCCUGCAACGACCAUGUGCGAGCCAAGCUGUUCUGGGCCCAGAAGAGAGAUGAUGAUGAUGUGCCCACUGUGCCUUCAACACUGGGCGAGGAGCUUCUGUACAACCCUUUCCUGAGGGUGGCAGAGGAGCCAGUUCGUGAGUUCACAGGCCAGGUGGCACCAGCCCAGGUCCUGGAGGUUCUCUGCAGGGAGCGGGCAAGCUUCCAGCUUGCCUUGGAGCCACCACAGCCCCAGGCUCAGGCGCUCCUGGCCUUGCAGUUGGGGCUCCUGAGCACACCCCAGCAAAAGUGAGCUAUGUGGGAAUCCUGCUUGUCUAUACACCCCUCCUCCUGACCUUGGGCUGACUGGACCCCUGGUCUCUAGAACCUUCUUCUGAGGUCCUGCCCAGCUGGCCACCCAGCUUUGAAGAACCAGCAAAUGGUGCCUCCCUUGUCUCUGUUGUUCAUGGAG